AUGGAGGAGCCGAGGCGGCGUCGCCCCAACCGGUCGGCCGCGGCUCGGCGGGCGCAGUAUCGCCGCGCCGAGUGCCGCACGGUCGAGCGGCUCCUGGCGGCAUUCGCCGAGCUGCGCGGCCAUCGUGGAGGCGCCCCCACGCGCUUGGGGGCCGCCCUGGCCGCAGCUCUGGCGCCCGCGGCCUCGCCGGACGUCGCUGCGGAGGAUGCCACCGGCUCCGAGGCGGCCGACCUCGGCAUCGAGCGUGAGUCCCAGGCCGAGCGUGUGGAGGGACCGCCUGACGACGCGCCCCAGCCCACGGCGGCGACGGGGGGCGCGGCGGAGCCCAGCCUCGCCGACAUGGUCCGUGCCCUUCGCGGGGAGCUCGCAGAGGUGGUCGCCGAGAGCCGGGCAGAGGCCAUCGCGGCCGAGCAGGCGGCGGAGGACGAGAAGGAAAAGGAGUCGACGGCGACGGACGUGCUGCGGGCCAUGCAGGGCGGCCGCUUCGGCUCGGUUGCUGUGCCGCUGGGCGGACCAGCUGCGGGCGCCGAGGGCGCGGCCGAAGGGCCCCUACGGGGGAUGACUGCCCAUCCGCUGGCCGCUGUGGCGGGCUGGGCAGGCAGCACGACGGGGUCGCAGAUCGACUCA